CACAUAAUAGGGUAUAUGCGCAUGAUUCAAAUAACGAUAAUUUUUUUUUCAUAUAAUCUCUUUUCCUUUAGAUUUAUAAAUCUAUCAAUAAUUUUCAAUAUAAUUUUGUUUUGAAUAAGAAAAUAAUUAUUGCAAAAUGCACAAAAUAAGCGGGAAAUUCAAAUUAGUUGAAACGCAUUGCUAUUGGUCAGAGUAGUUUGUGACGUCAAAGUCUAUAAUAACAAAUAUCAACAAGUGCUAUUGUUGAAUGCUUGCAACGAAAUUCAGUUUUUUUGUGAUUUUGAGUUGAUAUUGAAGUGAUAUUGUUUCGUAAAAGAGUGGCAGGAAAGUCACAGGAAAUGACAGAUAUUGGUUACGUCAAGGCACAAUCAGACAAUCUUCCAAAAAUUGAUGUGUUUAUGAUGACCGCGUAUUUCACAUCAAAUUCGGAUUUUACGUCUACUGAAAUAAAAGGAGUGAAAGCAGCAAGAUCUGCACGAGAAACAUAUGGAGAUUCUGCAGUUGGAUAUGUACAAGUGAAACGGGAGGGUAAUAUAUGCACUGUGAAGGCUCGAAUAACUCCAGAACACAAUGUCCGACAGAAGUGUUAUUCUGUAACACUUGUGUGUGAUGAGGCUGAAGAAACUGUUUUAUCAGUACAAUGUGAAGACUGUGCAGCUCACAAGGGAGGGUGUAAACAUGCCAUUGCCUUUUUAGCCUGGGUACAUAGACGCAGUGAAGAGCCACCUUCCACCAGUAUUGAAUGCUACUGGAAAAAGUCAAAAUUGUCAUCAGUGGGCACAAGUCUUAAAUUUAUUAAGGCGAAGGAUAUGUGUGACAUACCCAAGAAGCAGCCACAACCUGUAUGCGAUGCUAAUAUAGCACAGGCUUCAACUUCUAGCGGGGAAAGUUUCUUGUCUCUUUUAAUAAAAUAUAGUAAAGAAGUUGGUGACACAGACAAUCAACUGACGAAAUAUUAUAAUGAACCCAGCGAUAUUGAAAAACUAUCCAUUCAUUAUUUGGUUAGUAUGGUGCAGGAGGACAAACCAAAGACCCCUCAAGAGUUUAUUGACUAUUGUAAGAAACAAAUGCAUACAAAAAUGUGUAAUGAAGCUGCACAAGCAACCAUAAAUCAAAGAGACUGUCCUUUAUGGUAUGAGCUGCGGUAUGCAAGAAUUACCGCUUCAAAAGCGUAUGAAGCAGCCCAUUGCAAAAGUUUUGAAGGGUCCUUAACGGAAACUAUUAUGGGAGCAUCAAAAUUACGUGACACGGAUGCCAUGAAAAGAGGCAGAGAGUUAGAGAGUGAAGUCAUUAAAGUGGUGCAAAAAAUUAAGAAAAUAAAAAUAAAAAAAUGUGGAAUCAUAUUAAGCCCUUUAUAUCCCAUUAUGGGUGCUUCCCCUGAUGGUGAAACUGAUGAUUACAGUAUUGAAAUUAAAUGCCCUUCAUCUGAAAAAUCAGUUUGCCAGUAUAUAAAAAAUAAUGAAGUAUCUGCGAAAUGCAUGGCACAGGUGCAGUUGCAAAUGCACUUAUCACAAAAAAAUAAGGCAUUAUUCUGCGUUGCUCACACUGAUUUUGAGAAAUCGAAAAAUGUAACUAUUGUUGAAGUGGAUUAUAAUAAAGAAAUGUGUGAAAGAUUAAUACAUAAAUGUACUAUUUUUUGGGCCAAUGCCAUUUUUCCUGUAAUAUUUAAAUAAGUAGAAAUAAAACAAAAAUUAAAUAAAUCUACUUUUUUAUUAAAAAAUCUUGCAUAUUUAUUAAACCACAGGCUAUUAUAAUAAUGUCAUCUAUAACAGGGACUAAAUGGUGGUCAACACAUGCAUGAGGAAGUAAAAUAUGAAAUUCUCUUAGUCUACUUAUGACGCGUUCAACAUUAAUUCUCAAUGCAGCAAUUCGUUUUGCCUGCUUUACUUCUUCUUUGGUACAAGCGGUAGCCGUACUAACAGAAGGGGGCCGUAUAAGAGUACAAUUCUUUUUAAUUAACAAGUGGGAUAUGUCUUUGAAGCCCCUGUCUGCCAUAAUUGCAGUACCAGGUUGUAAAUAGUUAAGAAAACUACAGUCUUCCACUAUCAUCACAUCUGUUGCCCUGCCUCCGUAGCCAUCAGAGAUAAAAGUGACCAAGCCAUCAGGGGUACAAGAAAUUAAAUACUUCAAAGUAUUACACUUUUUGUACUGCGACCAAGUUAGUGACUGGUAGACUGCAUUCGUUGGCUUUUCAAUUUGUAUUUCUAGGCAAUCUAUUAUAGAAAUAA